GGUGCUUGUUGUUUAGAACCAAAAAAAAAAUAAACAAUAGCCCGGUACGAACAUAAGCGUGCAAGUACCUAUUAAUUAACAUUAAUUGCUGCGUGGUCAGUCGGUGAGUCGUCAGUGAGGUAAACCACGCCACACCACUGUUAUCAUCAUCAUGGAGACUGAAUCAUUAAAUCGGAAAAAUUCAUCGCGGAAAAGUUCCGUUGUAAAUGGAAAUGGUGAAGCUGCACCAAAGGUGGAAGCCGAUGGGGGCGGUGAAGUGACACUGAAGACCAAAAUGAGCCUUAUCAAUGGGUGUACCGUUAUUGUUGGAUCCAUUAUCGGUUCGGGUAUUUUCGUAUCGCCCACGGGUGUCCUCAUGUAUACCGGCAGUGUAAAUUUGGCUCUCAUUGUUUGGGUGGUAUCCGGCAUUUUUUCAAUGGUCGGUGCUUAUUGCUAUGCGGAAUUGGGCACAAUGAUUACAAAGUCCGGCGCUGAUUAUGCCUAUAUCAUGGAAACGUUUGGUCCAUUUAUGGCUUUCAUACGUUUGUGGAUUGAGUGUAUGAUUGUGCGGCCGUGCUCUCAGGCAAUUGUGGCGCUCACAUUCAGUGUGUAUGUGCUGAAACCAUUCUUCCCGGAAUGUACACCGCCCGAAGAUGCAGCCCGACUGUUAGCUGUGUGUUGUAUAUGUAUCCUGACAUUUGUCAACUGUUGGGACGUUAAAUGGGCUACUGCAGUGCAGGAUAUUUUCACAUAUGCCAAACUGUUGGCCUUGUUUAUUAUCAUUGCAUCGGGCAUUUACCAACUCUACUUGGGCCAUACGGAAUAUUUUACAUUUGAAAAUACGGAUACACGAGUCACGUCACUGGCGCUUUCGUUUUACUCGGGAUUAUUUGCCUACAAUGGAUGGAACUACCUUAAUUUCAUCAUUGAAGAAUUGAAAGAUCCCGUUAAGAAUUUGCCUCGUGCCAUUGCUAUUUCCUGCGUGUUGGUAACACUAGUUUAUGUCUUGGCCAAUGUUUCGUUCUACACCAUUUUGUCACCCGAUGAAGUUUUGGGAUCUCAAGCUGUUGCCGUAACCUAUGCCGAAAGAGCUUUUGGUGUUAUUGCAUGGACCAUUCCAGUGUUUGUGGCUCUUUCAACAUUCGGUGCUGUAAAUGGUAUUCUCUUGACCUCAUCCCGUUUGUUCUAUGCCGGUGCCAAUGAGGGUCAAAUGCCUGAAAUUUUAACUAUGAUCCAGAUACAAAGAUUUACACCCACCCCUGCUGUCCUGGCCAUGGCUUUGUUGUCGAUGUUAUAUUUGACAGUUUCGGAUAUCUUUGCCCUUAUCAACUAUGUGGGCUUUGCAACAUGGUUAAGUAUUGGUGUUGCCGUUCUGUGCUUACCCUGGUUACGUUGGGCCCAACCCAAUUUGCCCCGUCCCAUCCGUGUCCCCUUAGUCUUCCCCAUCGUUUAUUUGUUGGCCACAGUUUUUGUCACCGUCGUACCCAUGUAUGCCAGUCCUGUUGAGACCGGCUAUGGCAUUCUCAUGAUCAUGUCCAGUAUACCCGUUUAUUUGGUAUUUAUUGCGUGGAAAAACAAACCAAUGUGGUUCCAAAAGACUAUGGGUGGAUUUACCCAAGCAUUACAGAAAAUGAUGAUGGUUGUUCGACCAAAAAGUUCCUCAAAGUAAGUCUAACAAGGUUUCUGCAGAAAGUUCUCAUGGUCCUUGGAAAGACUAAACCAGCUCAGGUGUAAAACAAAAUAGAAUUUGGCAAAUGAAAUGAUGAACCGGCAACCCCCCUUAGAUACAGUGAGAGAAAUAAGGAUGCAAAACAAACAAGCAAAUACAAUAAUAACGAGAAAAGCUGCUUUCAAACCGAAACAAAAACACAAAAUGGCAUUUACAUAUAGUUUUUUAUGUUUAUAAAAAAAAAAUCUAAGGCUUUUAUUAUGAGUUUUUUAGUUAAUUGUAUAAUUUCUUUUUACAAGAGGAUUUAUUUUUCAUUGAAGAAAAUCAAUAAUAUGUGAUUUUGAUUUAAUUACAAAUCGUAAAAAUCGUGGAAAACGAGAAAUUAUUUUGUGUUACCCCAAUAGAAUGACAUGACUUUUUAUAUAAAGAAAUGCUUUUUUAAUUAUAGUUUUAAAAGUUAAGUUAAACAAAUAGAUUAUGUUUAAAUAAAAUAAGAAGGACAUCUUGAAUGAUAUAUUUUUUGUAAAGAAAUGUUUAGCUAUAUUCCAUGAAAGUAUGAAAGCUGAACUUAACUGCCAUUAGAAGAGAACACAACUCCUACUUAACAAAAACACAUAACUUUUUAUGAGAAAUAGAACUAGCAAAGGAUUUGUCUGAUAACAACAUAAAUACACACCCAUACCUGUUAAUGGACCACAUAAAUUAAAAUGUGCCCCUAAUCCACCCCGCUCGAGUAUUAACCAAAACCCAACAUCAUUUGAACAUCACAAAACAUAUCCUCAAAUAACCACAGAUACCUUGAAAUUUGCUACUCCCAGAUAAAUUGUAUAAGAGAGAAUGUUUUUAUUAUACAUAUAUGUUACAAAAAAAAAAAAAACAAAAAAUAGAAACAGCAAUAAUUACAUACAUAACAUAAAUGUUUAUUUAUUAAAAUGUUAAAAAUAUUUGUUUAAAGUUUGAAAAGAAAGCAAGAGAAAGGCAAAUAAAAAGCGCAAUAUUUUGAGAGAAUGCUACAUUUAUGUGGAGAGGUAUUUGAGGUGAUUCUUCCUUCUAAAACUAACUUUUCUGAAAUUUUAUUCAUUUGAUUUUUUUCCGAAGGGGAUUCUGGCUCCAUAUUAUAUUUAAAAUAAAACUGGCGAUUGAAAGAAUUGAAAUUUAUAACUACUUUAAUCAAAUACAAAAUUUGACUUAACAUUUUUAUGAAGAUAAUUAUCGAGAUUUUUAGGGCUAUCAAUGAUUUUAAAACGUAGAGUCUAUUUUCAAAUGUUAAAGCUGAUAUACAUAUAGAUAAUUUAUAUAUGAAGCAUAACAAUCUUACUAUCGUGCAUGUCAUUGGAACGGAAUGAUACCUAUAAUGUCCAAAUCUGCUUUGUAGGUCAGGGUGUAACCCGGGUCAUGGACCCAGACUUUUGGGUCAAAUAUCCGGGUAUCCAGGUCCGUCCCCCAAGAAAAAUACAAAGACAUAGAAGUAUAAGAAUGAAACAAGACAUGCAACACUUUGAAAAUACCUCUAUUGUUAUGAUAUCAUAGUUACCAAUGUUAACUGAUGUAAACCGCUAAGGGUAUAUACAAAUUUUUUGAAAAGAUCUAUGUAAUACAAUUUUAAAACCACAUUUUUGGAUUUUUCAAACCUUGCUAAAAAUGCAUUUUGUCUAGUUUUUACAAUUUUAGGUCUUUGAAAAAUAUACUUUCCAGGAAUCAGGGUGCAAAUACCUACCCCUUGGAAAAAAAUUAAAAAAACCCGAGAGUUUUUACUAGACUAGAGUCCUUCCGUUAGGGCUUAAUUUAAUAUGCCAUUAAUAAGAACAAAAAAGUCAAAACAAAACAAGUAGGCAAAGGCUAUAGAAGUGCGAGGCCGACCAUGAGAUGCCCUACAAUACUACAAUUAGGAGCCCCCUUAUGUACAAAUCCAUUUUGGAAGUUUUUGCUCUUGAAAUUAUGUGACGGAGCACUGCCUAGAUAUUAGCCUUAGCAUUUUGACCGGGGACAUUUGCCCAAUAUUUAGGCACUCCUCCGUGCUGUUAGUUGUUGUGGUCCAUUUUACAGUUAAAUAUAAUCCAAUGGUAAUCCAAAAUGUUAGAAUUCUUCCCCGUCCUUAACUCUCUUCUUAGGCGUGUCGAUUGGCUUCAAUUGUGUGAUCAGGAAAUUGUUUCUUUUUUUUCGUUUAUUUGAACUCCUAAACGUUUUGCGAUCAUCUCCAAAAUUAGACGCAUGUAUAUGAUUUGCUUGUCUACGAUAUUUGGCUAUAUUCGUCAAAGAAAUCAGCAUAAAAAUGCAAAAAAUUUGCCUUAUGCGAUUUUUUUAGAAUUUAUACUUUUAUGACAAGAGGGCAUUCUAAAUUAACAAAAUUUGUCAAAAUCGAUCUAGCCAUUCUUGAGAUAUAGGCAUUCUAGCUAACAUCCUCUUCCUUUGUAUAUAUACAUUGAAUAUAUAUAUAACGGUGAUCAUUUACCUGUUCGUCUAUUUGUGAUUUCGCCCGGAUUAAAAAUAUUCGCAGUUUAAUGGAAAAUUUGACUUUUAUUUAACACAAAUGUUGUGGUCUAUUUCACCAACUGAAUAUUACCAGAAGACCGUCAAAAUUGGAAGACUUCUGACCAGCCCUAAGCUCUAACCCCAUGCUAACUUCCGCUUCGAUUGGUCCACAAUUGCGACCUGCAGCGCAACUGCAAAAUCAGCAAAUGUUUUUAAAGGAAAUUUUUUUUUAUCCGAUCAUCUCCAAAAGCAGUAGGCUUCUAUUCUGGCUCUUGCACUAACUCCAUUAUAAAUUUCUGAAUUUAUCGAUCAGGCCAUAAUUGCGACCUGUAGCGUGAUUACAAAUACAUAGCUAGAUCGGAUCUAGCUAGGACAUACAUAGCUAGAUCGACUCAGCUCGACGAGAUUAAAGAUCCUUAUAUACCUUUCUAUGUGGGAAACGAAUAUUUCGAGACGUUACAUAAUUUUUGGCCCAAUCAAACUUAUAAUACCCCCAACACAUAGUAUUUUAGGGUACAAAAAUAACAGAAAUCCGUUGUUAAAAAUAGAAGUUAUGCCCUUUUAAAGUUGAAAAUUCAAGAAGCUCGUAUUUCUCUACAUUUAUUGAUUGCGGACAUCUUUGUUUACAAACUGCUUGACAACAAAUGUUUUCUCAUCGGAAAAAACCAAAUUCGGCAGUUCACCACUUUCGGCCAAGCGAAGCAACUCUUAAGCUUAUUUGAGUCUAUUUUCUUUCUGUUGCGGUGUAAGUUCUUGCACUUUUUGGAAUUUCAAUGACUUUACCCCGAGCUUAUUUUUCAAUAUUUGCCGAAUGGAAUAUUGCGACAUGUUCAGCUCACGAGCCACUUUUCGGUCACUGCGAUGCGGGUUUCGAUCUUCUUUACUUUUCGAACCAUUUCUGCUGAUGUUGCUGUUUUCCUUGAUGUCGGAUUACGCUACCUUACGUAUCACGGUAACAAGCGAUGGUACGAGACACAAAAUAUUUAUUCACAUUUAAAUGCUGCAGUGCUCUAACGAUAGCAACUUGUGGUUUUCCAGCCAAAUAUAAAGAAAUCACGCUGGAAUUCCAUCACGAAUAACUUUUUUUGGAAAAUUCUCACCAAAAUGCUUUUGUACGCUUUUUGUAAACAAUAUAAUGAGCUGUCACUGCAAUAAUUUUAAUAGCUGUCGGACGUGUGGCUUGGAAAUGACAGCAGUCUGAAGUUUGUUGAAGUUUUUUCAUCUCACCCUGUAAAUGUGUUACGAGAAUCUACUCUGCUAAAUGUCCAGAAUGGUGUAGGAUAUCUUAAGGUCGGUCCAUCCGACCUUUGUUUUUUCCUUCCUGGUCUUGGCUACCUUGAAUAUUAUAAUAUUAUUAUUGAUUCCAGUACCUGCAAGAACCUACUGUUUUUGCAAUUUUUUUCGAUAUCAUAAAGGGAAAUCUUUUAUCGUAGUAAAAACUUUUACAUUAUUGCAGUUCUGGAACAGAGAGAAUUUUAUGAUUUUUUAAUCGGUGUUAGUUUGCGAGUCUACAUCGUCUUCGCCACGACUUGACUUGUAUCACCUCAAAUUACCUCUCUACAUAAAACAUGUAUCUACCCAUAAAAGAAAACGUUUAACAAUUACGAGUAAAAUUUAUUUUGCAUAAUAUAUGUAUGUAUAAUUAAAUUUAUAUAUAAAUGUUUGCAUCAAAUACAUAUAACAAAACAAACAAAAAACAAACUGAAUCUUUUUCUAAAAUUUAAAAUUUUACCAUAAAAUUCGGUUUCUUUUUUGACAGGAUUUUAUCUAAAGACUUCUCCAAAAUAACAAACAAAACUGUAACCAACUUCUAUUUGAUGAUUGUAUUACAAUUAAAUACAUUAACUAAAAUAUACAACUAUCGCAUGUCAUUGUUGAUUAAAUGGCAUAAUUUGUUGACAAUAAAUGAAAUAUAAUUACUAUAUAACAAUUAUAAAUUAAAAAACGGCAAAAAUUAUAUAAAUAACUACUAACUAAACUAUAUAUAUAUAUAAUAGCUAUUGUAUUAUAUAUUGACAAAAUAAAAUAGUAAAAUAAUAUUAAAAAAAACUAUUAAACAUACAUAGCCAGUUACUGAAUGAAAAAAAUAUGAAUGAAUUUAUACAAUCUUUGGUCCACAAUGAAUAUGAUGUAGGAAAUUGAAAUCGAAAGCUGAUAUAAGGAAUUCGUUGAAGUUUCAUGAGAUAAGUACAACUGAUUUUCAGAAAAUACUUUUUUAAUGGAGUCUUUUCUAUCCAUAAUAAUCGUUUAAUUUCCUAAAUAAAUUCAAUGAAAUUGUUUUUUAUUCUCCAGCAGGACAUAACUUUUUCUAUAGAAUGUUUACGUAUAAAAAAAAAAAAACAAAACAUAAAAAUAAAUGUAUGAAUUAUAAAUAUUACUAAAUAUUAUGUAAAAUGCAUUCUAGGUUUUGUUUAAUAUAUGAUUCAGCAAUUUAUAGAUGUAUUAAUUUUAUCAUCGAGCAUAAAUAAAUAAAAAAUCAAAAGAGGUGUAUAUAAGCCAUA